AUGUCCCCUCCAUUCCCAAUUGGAGAGGGAUGCUCUCCAGAGUCGGUCCGCACCUAUGUUCAGUCGCCCCGGAACAUGAGUGGUUCUGAGCUUCAAGAGAGGCACAUGGUGAUGAAUCUCACUAACAGAGAUGGCUUUCAGGAGGCUUUGGUUAAAUAUCUUAUCAUUGUUAUCCUGGGUAUUGUCAUCAACUGCAUCAAUGGGAUCAUAGUUUUGACUUUCUGCAAGAACUCUGUUUUUCACGGUGACUCAAGAUACAUUCUGUACAUGAAUCUAGUAGUGAACGAUAUGAUCAUGAUUUGUGUUUCUGUGACAUUGUAUGUUUUGACUUAUGCCUAUCCCAUUUUUAAUGCCUCCAUGUGUUGUAUUUUGAUUGUGACAGCUUCAACUACACACAGGAACACACCAAUUAUCUUGGCAGGUAUGGCUAUUGAGCGUUAUAUUGCCAUCUGCAAACCUCUCCAUCAUGCCCAGGUCUGCACAGUACACAGGACUUAUAUUAUCAUUGCUCUCACCUGGGGAGUCGGCUUUGUACCUGCAGUAGCUGAUGUUAUCAUUGUCCUUGCCACUCGGCCUAUAGGCUUUUUCUCAAAGGGAAUUUUUUGUUUCCCCCCUAACUUAUACAACACUCGAUACCAUAAAGAAAAAAUGAUAGUGGACCAAGUCCUUUAUUUGUCAUUCGUGUGGCUGACGCUGAUGUAUACCUACUUUAUGAUAUUUCGAACUGCCAGAGCAGCAAAAGGGGACACUGCUUCAGCCAAAAAGGCACAGAACACCAUUUUAUUACACGGAGCUCAGCUGCUUCUCUGUAUGUUGUCCUAUGUCACUCCUUAUCUUGAUAUUGUUUUAAUCACUUUUUUCCCAAUCUAUCGCUCAAAAAUAACAUUCCUGACUUACCUGAUCUCAAACAUUAUUCCAAGGUUGCUCAGUCCUCUUAUUUAUAGUGUUAGGGAUCAGAAAUUUGCCAAAAACAUGUCACAGUACUACUCCUGCAAAGUCAUAUCUUUUAAAGGUGGACUGAAGAGGAGGAGGCUAAAAUGUUCUAGUAAGAGGGUGUGUUCAUUAAAGGGUUAA